CCCCCUUCUGUGUUUCUAGAACUUUGACCUUCAUAUGAAACGAGAAGGAGAACGCCGUCCCGGCGACGCAGCCUUGAACUGGAAAAAUGCAGCCAUCGCCCAUCACGCCCACGUUAUUUAACCAGGGCACAUCCCACUGGUAUAGCCAUCGCCACACCGAUCCACACUGCUACACUGCUAGCUGCUUAGUGCUAACGAGAAGCCGAGAAGGGCGACGAUGGCGGCAUCGGCAGGCGUUGGGCGCAUGAAGCUUGGCUCUCAAGGGCUGGAGGUAUCCCGUCAGGGCCUCGGUUGCAUGGGUAUGUCCGCCUUCUACGGUCCCCCCAAACCCGACGCCGACAUGAUCGCCCUCAUCCACCACGCCGUCAACUCCGGCGUCACCUUUCUCGACACCUCCGACUUGUACGGACCCUACACCAACGAGAUCCUCCUCGGCAAGGCGCUGCAAGGGGGCGUGAGGGACAAAGUGGAACUGGCCUCCAAGUUCGCAUACUACUUGGAAGACGGGAAGAGGGAGAUCCGAGGGGACCCGGCCUACGUGAGGUCCGCCUGCAAGGCCAGCUUGCAGAGGCUCGGCGUCGAUUGCAUCGAUCUCUAUUACCAGCACCGCAUCGAUUCCAGAGUUCCCAUCGAAGUCACGAUCGGAGCACUUAAGGAACUAGUUGAAGAAGGAAAAAUCAAAUACAUCGGAUUGUCCGAGGCCUCUGCUUCAACAAUCAGGAGGGCGCAUGCUGUUCACCCGAUAACUGCUGUCCAAUUAGAAUGGUCUCUGUGGUCAAGAGAUGUCGAAGAAGAAAUAAUUCCUACUUGCAGGGAACUUGGUAUCGGAAUUGUAGCAUACAGCCCUCUCGGACGCGGAUUCUUUUCUUCUGGAAUUAAGUUAAUCGAAAAUGCACCCGAGCAGGAUUUACGCAAGUAUUUGCCGCGGUUCCAGCCAGAGAAUCUGGCUCAGAAUGCAGUCAUUUUUGAACGUGUAAACGACAUGGCAAAGAGGAAGGGAUGCACUCCCUCACAACUCGCACUGGCAUGGGUUCAUCAUCAAGGAAGUGAUGUGUGCCCGAUACCUGGCACGACGAAGAUUGAAAACUUGAAGCAGAACAUUGGAGCAUUGUCUGUAAAACUCACACCAGAGGAAAUGGCUGAGCUCGAAUCGUAUGCUUCGGUGGAUGUUGUUAAGGGUGAUAGAUACCCUGAGCAAGUGGCUACCUGGAAAAACUCUGAUACACCUCCUCUAUCUUCAUGGAAAGGUGAAUGAGCUUAUUCCCAUCUGCCGAGCUGGUUUUUAUCUGUGAUAAUGUCGUAGUCGAGUAAGUCUUUUAGUGACCCGAGGGUACAAGUAGUAUAUGUUCUUGUGGUAAUGGCUUGUGUAAAGCCUGAUGAUUGUUGCCCAGCUCGAAUAAAACUAUUUGCUCUUCUUAUAAUGUGUUUCAUUGGCGUUGCUCAUUCUCUAUUUUUGUCAUCGUAAAUACAGUACUGCAAGAAAAAUUGUAAUAUGCCGAUUAACUUUCGGUUAGUGAAAGGUAAAUCCUAUUAGGGUGCAUUUGGUUGGAGUUAUCUUUGAUAAUCUUGGUUAUCUAUCCAAGGUUAUCAACGAAAAUCUUGUUUGAUUUAUGUAAUUAAUGAUUUCCGAGUA